CGAACACGCGUGUACGAGUGGGGCCCACUUGUUACUGUUCACGAGUAUUUCCCCUCAACUCUUGUGCGUUUUCCAUAGCUCUCAACGGUGAGGGUUUUUUCCCUCACUAACGUAAUGCUUGGGUAUUUUUUUUACACCCUUAUUUUUACUCGUGAGGGCUUUUCUCCUCACUGCUGUGAGUGCUCUUAUCUCCAUUACUCUGUAUUCUUCUUUCACCUCUGUUUUUUCCCGCCAUCAUUAAGAAACCGCAAUUACUAAGAAUGUUCUAGAUACUUCCAUUAUCGCCCUCACUUUCUAUAAAUUCCCAUUCUCAUGUUUCCCUUAUCAUAAAAAACAAGUUCAUAAAUCUCCUUACAAAUCGAAACAAUCAAUCCCACAUAAAAUCAAACACUUAUACAAAACCAAAAUCAAAUAAAAAUGUCGCUGAUUCCAAGCUUUUUCGGAAACCGACGAAGCAAUGUCUUCGACCCAUUCUCUCUUGAUUUAUUUGACCCUUUCCAUGAUUUUCCCUUGAACAAUAACACCUCUCGAUCACUCACCUCCACCGGUGGCGACACCGAUACCGCUGCAUUUGUGAACACCCGAAUUGACUGGAAAGAGACUCCGGAGGCCCAUGUAUUCAAGGCGUAUUUAUCCGGCUUGAAGAAGGAGGAGGUCAAGGUUCAGGUGGAAGAUGGGAAGGUGGUCCAGAUCAGCGGAGAGAGAAACAGGGAACAAGAGGAGAAGAAUGACAAGUGGCACCGUGUCAAGAUGGAGGAGAUCAAGGCCAACAUGGAGAAUGGUGUUCUUACUGUUACUGUUCCUAAAGUUGAGGAGAAGAAGCCUCAAGUUAAGUCAAUUCGCAUCUCUGCUGCUUAAAUGGGUUCAAUCAUGAUUAUUAUAAUAUAAAUCAUAUAAAAUUAGUGUUUAAUUAUGUAAUCUUCUUCCAUAGUUUCAUUUGUAUGUUAUUCCGUAAUUAUAAUAAAUGUGUUUAACUAUCGUAGUCAUUUGCAUAUUUGUACUAUUUGUAUUUGUGUAAGGGACACCAAGUAAAUUAAGUAAUCAAUUUUAAAGAAAAUUUAUUGUUAAAUCUUUUUGUAUAGUUGUGUCAAUUGUG